AUGUCGGGCGUGCACGGCCACGUCCUGGGACACCUCGUCCGCCGCGGAGUCGACGCCGCCCACGCCCACUUCCAGGUGUCGCCGGACACCAUGGCCAAGCUGCAGCACGACGCCGAGCUGUACGAGAAGACGGGCGCCGAGAUCCACGACUGGGAGAUGCUGCCCGUCCUCGCCACCGCCGUCCUGACCAUCCUCGUCCUCGCCUCGAUCAAGUACACGAUCGGCGAGGUCAUGGCGUCGCUCACCAUGAUCGAGUCGCCCACCGCCACCGCCAUCAUCGAGGACAAGCCGCCCGCCUACGCCGACGAGCCCGAUGCGCCGCUCGAAAAAGAGCCGUUGAUGCCGGCCGAGGCCGAGGCCGACGUGGAGGUGACCUUGAUCAACAACAAGCCGGUGACCUCCAGCAUCCGUGCCACCAUGAAACACUUGAAGAAGGUCGGGGGAUUCCGCGCCAAGUGGCGGGGUCUGGGCGCCAGCGUCGUCUACCACGCCCUGCACUCGCUCUCCACCAACUUCCUCGCGCGUCUCCUCGGCAUGGGCUUCUUCGGCCGCAGCUUGAUGUACAUCCUGACCUCCGUCAUGCUCGCCCGCUUCCACAUGGCCUGGACCCAUUCCAUGAUCUCUGCUCCAUCCGCCAAGCCUUUCUGGCGCCGCAUGGUCCCGCGCAAGCAGUGCAAGGCCGUCUUCCUGCCUGCUUUUGUCUUCGCAACCGCUCAGCAGGCUACUUGGAUCCUCCCAAUGGCUGUGGCUGUCGCUCUGGGCCUGCCAGAAAUCCAGGGCGAGCAUGUCGUUCGCGCUGCCCAGCACAAGGACUGCGCUAUGCUCGGUCUCCUCAGCCUGCGCUUCUUGGCCGUCCCUGCCACCGCUCUCUUUGUCGCUCUUGCCAUCUUGCUCCCAGCAACUGUCACCCUCACCCGCAUCGAGGCCCUCCUCCUCUCAGAGGAAGAUGCCACCAUCGUGCCCUUCGACCGCCAGGCUCUCAUCGGCGACAUCGACCUCACCGCCCGCGGUGCCAACAAGAAGCUAUUCGUCAACGCAUGGCGCUCGUUCGACCGCGCCGCUCGCUGGAGGUUGAUCAAGACCUACGUCAAGAUGGCCAUGAUCCAGCUCUUCGUUGUCUUCACCGCCGUUCACGUUAUCGCUGCGGAGAUGUACAUCAUUGGUGGCGAGAGACUCGGUGUCUUCUUCAAGUCUGCCGCUGCCCAGAUCCAGCUCGAGGCGAUUGAUCUUCAGAACAAGGACUUGUAA